CCAGACUUUACUCAUGACAGACUCUGAGUUAAAUCUGAUCCUCUGAGGCAGCUGGAUCACGUUUCUCUGUGUUCAGCUACACUUCCAGGUGCCUUUGGAGAUACUUAAGCUGUUUUAAUAUGUGGUUAUUCACUCCUGCACAUCAGCACAGGAUGCUACUUGUCUGCACUAGAGGAUUAAACAAGCCUGCAUCAGUCACAGGUGCAGUUUCUCUCUUUGCUUCCUACCAUAAAACAGAUCAUCUCCUGUGCUCUGAGGACAGCAGCAGCAUCAACCCCGUGGUGAGGAGACGCCGCAGUGUGUUAAAAAGCUUCAGCAUCCAAAACAAGCCCGAUAUGUCCGAUUGGGAGAAGUCACCUGUGAGUAAAGCCAAGAGGAUCGAGAAGCCAGUGUUGCCGAAGGAAAUCCAGAAGAGAGACCAGUUUAGAGUAUCGUCUGAACUCAAGAAACUGUCUCUGGAGGACUCUGCAGAGAGGGAGCGCCGCCCACCGAGACAGAGGUCAACACCGGACAACUCCAAAUCGGACAACUAUGAGAUCCUUUUCGGCAUCGCUCCCUGCAUCCUGGCGCUCACUCAGGGUAGAAGAAAAGCUCGUAGACUGUUUGUUAAAGAUGGCGAUAGCUUAAACAGAGCUUCUGUGAUAACGGUGUGUGAGGAGGCUCAUCAGAGAGGAGUACAAAUCCAGCGGGUCAGUAAGAAGGAUCUGGAUAUAAUGUGCGCUGGGCGAGUCCAUCAAGGAGUUUGUCUGCAGGCCAGUCCGCUCAGCUAUCUCACCAAAGACUCUACACCCAAAACCGGAAGCAACACCAUCCCUCUUUGGCUUGUCUUGGAAGGAGUUCAGGACCCGAUGAAUCUCGGCGCCAUCCUUCGUUCUGCCUACUUCCUCGGUGUGGACAGAGUGGCGAGCAGUCUCCGCUCCAGCUGUCCUCUAUCUCCAGUCGUCAGCAAAGCCAGCUCAGGUGCCAUGGAGGCGAUCGGGGUCUACGGUUACGAAAACCUGGAAGAUAUGCUGAAGCUGAAGGUGUCACAGGGUUGGCAGGUGGUUGGGACCGUUGGAGCUGAAGCACCCGAGUUCCAGAUUCCCGUCACCCAGUGUUCAGACUUUAAAAUGACCAGACCCACGCUGUUGUUGAUGGGAGGCGAAGGUGAAGGAUUGUCCCAGAAGCUGCUCUCUAUGUGCCAAACGCUGCUCACCAUCCCAGCCGGCAGAGAGUUAUCCCCCGGGAUAGAGUCUCUGAACGUUUCGGUAGCUACGGCCAUCCUGCUGCACUCCCUACUGUCCUCCAGGAAGUCGACCAGAUAACGACCACCGUGAGAAAACCUGGACUCUAACCAAAGAUGGAUGGAAAUCAGCCAAAGAACUGAAUCAAUAUGAGCCCAAUUCAUGUAUAUAGUGAGAGUAAAGUGUAUGUGGGUGGCUAUGAUAUCAA